GUCCCAAUUGGCCUGUUUUCGAGUCUUCACUUGACGUGCGCUUGAAACAUAUCUGCUUCUUUUUACAUAUAAAAUAUCAUUGCUUAUAUUAUUAUCAGUAGCGACUCAUUAAUUUUUCCAACCGAAGAGUUUGUAUGUAAAUAAAUCUAAUUCUAUGUUUGGGUUUUAAUGGUAUUUCGUCAUUAAUCAAAAAGAAAAGUAAAUUACAUGAGUAUCCAUUACACUGACUAUUUUACGAGAAAACAUUCUAGACGCAGUACAGCAUUUAAAAGUCCAGUAUUACGUGAAGUAUACCUAUAUAAGAAGUUCUUCGUGUUCAAUAAUGAAAAUUUUACCAUUCUUACUAACGAUAAGUGUCACUUCGUGUAUGAGUUACAAUAAAUUGUUAAAAAAAGCUGCUUCUGUUUGCGAUUCAGUCUUUUAUCAUGAGUACGUUACGUCAGUGGUAUGGAUGCGCACCGAGCCUGAAGAUAUUACUCUAUUCCUCCAACAUUUUCACGGUUCUGCGGUAAUAGUUCCUUUAGACUAUCAGAACAUGAAAGCAGUGAGCGAACUAAAUAAAGCCACGGGAUUUAAACAAACAGUUCUCUUCGCUGUAUCCGUUGAAGAAUUCAUACUUUUCAUAACAACGUUAAAUUUGGAUCUCAUAGUACCAAUUCGUAUGGUUUUAGUAUUAACAACACAAUUAACGGAUCUGGCUAUGAUAACAAAGGAAGCUUGGAAACAUGAUUUAGCAGAAAUUAUUAUAAUAAGCAAAGAUGAAAAUGAAGAAAUCCGUCUCACUACUUACUUUCCGUACAAAAAUGGAAUUUGUGGUGAUUACACUCCACAUUCUAUUUCUAACGAAAAAGAGUUAUUUCCUGAAAAAUUCAAAAACUUGCAUGGUUGCCCAAUAAAAGUCACUUUACUUAAUUUUCUUCCGUAUGUUGGAUUGCAAAAAGUAAACGGAACUAUUACAUUCAUAUUUGGCAUAGAUGGAAGUGUAUUUAUUUUAUUAAUUAAAGAACUUAACGCCAUUAUGGAUAUCGUAUCGUCAACUGACCACGGAGGUAUGGGUGUCUUUGUCAACGGCUCUUGGAAGGGCUCCUUCGGUGACAUAGUUCGUCGAGAAGCAGAUAUAUUCGCGCCUGCUGGGAUUAUUACACAGAAAAGAUUUUCAGUGGCACAAAUGUCUCAUACUUAUGAAACACUUAAUAUUCAUUGGUGCGCACCACCCCGACGUGAAAUCUACGCAUGGGCAAAAGUAUUAUUACCAUUUCUGACUAACAUUACGCCUUUUCUUGUAUUAGCAUUUUCCGUUUUCGUGAUUACCAUAGUUCUCGUCAAACGUUCUAAAUUACAUGGUAUAAAAUCUAACAAGAAUGUGUUCUUACAGUCUUUCAUGAUUUUUUUAGGCCAAGGUGUAAAAUUUGAAACGAAAUCGUCAGUUAUAAAUUCCUUUUUUGUUGCAUGGUUAUGGUUUUGUCUCGUAGUGCGUAUCGCGUAUCAAGGAGAUCUUGUUAAUGGCCUACAAAAGAAAAUUUACGAACCACCUUUCGAAUCGGUUGAGCAGGCGCUCCAAGAGUUGGACGGAUAUGGAGGAACCGAACUAUUUCGUGAAUAUUAUGCUGGCUCUCCGAUAGCAGAUAACUAUCAGGUAAUCAAAAUAGGAGACUUGCCACGGUACAUAAGGGAUGUAAUUGCCGGUAAGCGGUUUCUCAUCGCGACAGACAUAUUAAUGCAUCAAUACGCGAAGAAAUUUCAGAUACUUCAAGAGCCUUUGACGCAUUCUCCGACAUGCUUGUUCAUGCGACCCGGCUGGCCAGUUUCUAGAAGAGUAGACGUCAUAAUUAUACGAGCUAUUGAAGCAGGGCUUGUGCAGAAGAUUAUUUAUGAUUUCCACUACACAGUUCGAUUACGAAGACACGAAAAAGAAGAAGAGACAGGGACUAGGCCAUUAGGAAUGUCAACAAUGUUCGCAUGCUAUUACGGUCUCAUACUGCUUUGGAUAUUUUCUUUCGUAAUAUUUUUAUUUGAAGUUUUAUAUUACAAUUGGAAGCACAAAAUAGCGUAUGUUAAAAGGAAACGAAAUAAGCUUUUCAAAUUUCAUCACUGAUUCCUGUC